AAUCGAUGUUGCUAAAGCUAGCCUGAUAGUGUGAUAAUUUACCGACGAGAAACGCGUUCAAAAUAGAUUGAAUACAACAUUUUCAUUCACAAGAUCAAAUGGGUAAGCGGGACGGACAAAUAUUGGCAUUUUUGCAUUUCGCCAUCACUGAGAUGAGACCACUAGUGCUCCUAUGGUACACCGUUUACAGCACGUUUGCGAAUGUUGUCACGAGUGCAGCUGUUCAAAAUGCCUACGGCGUUCAGAGUGUCGUUGCGUGCAUUUAUUUUGGACAUAUCAACUCACGAGACGUCGCAGAUUGUGCUAAAUCAGCUUAUCGAAGAUAUCUGCCUUCUGGUCCCCAGGAUUAUUUCAAAGACUGUAGUGACAAAUGUCCGGGUUCUGCGGUCGGGAUUUCCGCACCUGAACCACGCAUUAUGUUUUUCUUCAUGACUACCUGGCUUCUUGGACUCUAUCUCCUUUUCCUGGUGUAUUGCGUCUACCACCACCCAGAUUACUACUCUGGCCGUUACAUCAAGUUUACUCAGACACUUUAUUCCAGUAAAGUGUACAAAGUUUUGACCAUUGUCACGUUCCUCCUCUCCGUCAUCAUGAUCCUUCUCGGGAUCUUCCUCUUGAUCAAGUAUAACGAAGGCUGGACCCAAUACAUCGUCGCAUUAUUAUUAAUGGUGAUGGCUUCCCGGACCCUUCUUCGCCAGAAGAGCAAUGGCCUCGAUAUCAGAUGCGAGAAAUUCUGUGGAUUGAAGAUUUCUCGGGGAAACACGUUCAUGAAAGUUUGGAAUUUCUUCUUGACCACCAAUGCUGGUGUCCUCGAUGCCUUGGAGGUCGAGUUUAUGAAAAAAGGGCUCCCCCGGGAUUUGGUGGCCCCGGAAGAACGCAAAGAAGGAUGCUCGGCGUUUUUCACCUGGCAUACCCUCCUGGAAACACCAAGGUCCACAAGUUCCGAAGAUCUUUUGGGAGGUGAAGAAAUAUGUGGCACUACACUGACAGAACGAGUCUAAACGAGACUGACGCUUGCAACGACGCUUUUAAAAUACAUUUUUAAUUUAAAUUGAAUUAAAAAUCAACUAAGACUACGUUAAU